AUGAUAAUAGGGGGCACAGUUGCAGCCGGGUCUUCCAAAAAAGCCCGCAAAACCUACCUUAGGACAGUUCAUAGCAUCCAACUCACAGGAUCCAUACCGAAGAUGCCACGAAUAGGUAACCCCGUCGUACACUUUUCAGAGGAUGAUGCUCGGAGACUCCACCAUCCUCAUGACGAUGCACUGGUGGUCAGCCUACAGAUUGGUGAUUAUAAUAUGCAUCGGGUACUCGUCGACAACGGCAGCUCAGCGGACAUCCUGUACUAUCCAGCGUUCCAACAGAUAAGAAUUGACAGGGAACUAUUGUCCCCAACGAACGCCCCACUCGUAGGAUUUGGGGGCGCAAAGAUAUUCCCUUUGGGCGCAAUAACUGUAACAGUGACAGCAGGUGACUAUCCUCAGCAAAUCACCAAGGAAGUAACAUUUCUCGUGGUCGACUGCUCGUCCGCCUACAACGCUAUCCUCGGUCGACCAACUCUCAAUUCCUGGAAGGCGGUAACUUCGACGUACCACCUAAUGAUUAAAUUCCCGACGGAGUACGGGGUAGGAGAGCUACGGGGAAAUCAAGUCGCUGCCCGAGAGUGCUAUAUUGCCAUGAUAGAAAUGGAGGAUCAACAGCAGACGAUGUGUAUCGGGAAACAGAAAGUAACGGCAGACCCAGUUGAAGAGCUAGAAGAAGUAAGACUGGAUGACGCACGGCCUGAACGGAUGACCAAAAUCGGCACGCUAGCCAGUUGGCCGGUGCGACAGACGAUCACCACUUUCCUAAGAAGUAACCAAGACGUCUUCGCAUGGAACCAUGAAGACAUGCCGGGUAUUGACCCGUCAAUCAUGGUCCACAGGUUGAAUGUGUCACCCUCUUUUCCUCCAGUCCGGCAAAAGAAACGAGCCUUCGCCCAGGAGCGGGAUAAGGCCAUAGUCGAGGAAGUUCAGAAGUUACUAGGGGCAGGUUUCAUCAGAGAAGUAUACUAUCCUGACUGGCUGGCGAACGUCGUUAUGGUGAAGAAGGCAAACGGGAAUUGGCGGAUGUGUGUAGACUUCACGGACCUCAACAGAGCUUGCCCCAAAGACAGCUACCCGCUCCCACGGAUAGAUACCCUGGUGGAUUCAACUGCAAGACAUCAGCUCCUAAGCUUCAUGGACGCUUUCUCGGGCUACAACCAGAUCCGGAUGGAUGUAUCUGAUCAAGAAAAAACCUCCUUCAUCACCAGCCAGGGAUUAUUCUGCUACAAGGUAAUGCCUUUCGGACUCAAGAACGCCGGAGCAACGUACCAGAGGCUAAUGAACAAGAUGUUUGCACGUCAGAUAGGCAGGAACGUUCAGGUUUACGUUGACGACAUGUUAGUCAAAAGCCUGCGCGAAAAAGAUCAUCUAGACGACCUCCGAGAAACGUUCGACACACUUCGGUAG